UUCAUGUAUAUUACGAAAGUAAUCAUGUAUGCAUCACAACAUAUGUCUCGAAUUACAAAGCCGGCCUCUGCCGUAGUUACCGUUGACGAUAUCCUGCAGUGCUCUGAUCAAGUGCGGAGUUCCACAGUUGGUCGCUAGCUUUACAUGUAUAAAUGGAUGAUAUCUUCCAUUUCAGACGUUUUCUUCAUUCUUCUCUUUUCUUCAUGCGUUGGAUGAUUCUUGAUUUGAUUCGAUAAUUGAAAAGUGCUUCAUAAGUUGAUAGUUCGAACUUAUAAGUGAACUUCUUACUACAUUACUUCCUUCCACUUCUGAUUUAAACACAUUGAGUACAUCUCACUUCAACAAUCUGCACUACAACUAUCAAAUCAUAUCAGAUCAGAUCAGAUCAUCAUGUCUCCAACUCCAUUCAAAAUUUCCGUCCCUCAAAGCAAAAUCGAUAAUCUCAAAACCAAACUUUCUCUCGCCGAAUUCCCAGAUGAACUACCAGAUGCAGAAUGGGAUAUGGGUGUUCCAUUAGCAUCCUUGAAGCGUCUUACAAAAGCAUGGGAAAAUUGGGAUUGGAGAGUUGCGGAAAAGAAGUUAAAUAAGACGCUUGAGGAUGCGCAGUUUACGACGGGUGUGAAUGUUGAUGGCUUUGGAGAGUUAGAUGUUCAUUUUGUGUGGCAUAAGAGUGAGGUGAAGGAAGCGGUGCCGUUGCUUUUUGUGCAUGGGUGUGGGUAUCUCUUUUCUUUCCUUUCUUUCUUGUGUAGUUAAAAAAGGGAAGUAAAAUGCUGACAUGAUUCAUAGGGCCGGGAUCCUUUCUGGAAGUUCUCCGUCUCCUUCCGCUUCUACAACAACCAGACGGUCCAGCUUUCCAUAUUGUUGCCCCUUCACUUCCUAACUUUGGAUUUAGCGAAGGAGUAAAGAAACGCGGGUUUGGAUUGGCACAGUAUGCGGAAACUUGUCAUAAAUUGAUGCUCCAAUUGGGCUAUGAUGAGUAUGUCACGCAGGGUGGAGAUUGGGGGACGUUUGUUACAAGAUCGAUUGGGAGAUUUUAUCCUCAGCAUGUGAGUCUACCGUCUUAGCCCUGGGCUUCCAUCUUCCAUAAAAUAUAGACACUGAGUAUGUCACCCAGUGCAAAGCAAGCCACCUCAACUGUGUGCUCGGAAAACAACCCUCUUUUUGGACAAAUCCCGUUCUAGCCCUGCAACACGCAAGUGUACCUUAUACAUAAGAAGAACGCGAUGGUCUCGCCCGUACCAACUGGUUUCAAGUAGAAGGCACCGGUUACUUAAUUGAACAAUCCACUAAGCCACAAACCUUAGCAUACGCACUCCACGAUUCCCCCACCGCAUUACUAGCCUGGAUCUACGAAAAACUGCACGACUGGACCGAUUCGUAUCCCUGGAGCGACGAUGAAAUCUUCACCUGGGUAUCCGUCUACUAUUUCUCGAGGGCAGGUCCUGGAGCCGCGCAUCGAAUAUACUACGAAUAUAUGCAUACGGUUCCCGGCCCGGGAAAAUUUACGCGAGAUGAUUUUACCUCGUAUAUCGCGGGGCCGAAAUUGGGAUUGACGUAUAAUCCGAAGGAGCUUGUUGCGGUGCCUAAGACGUGGGGAAGGACGUUAGGGAAUGUGGUUUUUGAGAGAGAUAAUGUCGUGGAGGGAGGUGGACAUUUUUAUGCGCAUGAGAAGCCGGAAUUGUUGGCUAGGGAUUUGAGGGAGAUGUUUGGGAAAGGUGGAGGGGCGUUUGGGGUGGUGAAGGGAAAGUCUGGGUAUGAUGGGGAGAAGACGGCGAUGUUGUGAGGGAAUGUCGAGGUUGUGAAGUGGUUCGGGGGUUGACUUGGUUGUAGCUGGAGAGUGAACUUGAGAUGGUAGUAAGAAUGGCUUGAUGAGCCAUUGAAAUAAUGACUGUACUGAUUUCAAUGCCACAAUCAUCAGUCUAAUCCAAACACAAAUCAACUGAAUUUCUAAGAUUACGUCCACUCUUCUUUCU